AGGUGGACGCUUGCACGACUCGGGCAAGAUCAAAAGUGCUUAUCAGCUUGCGGAUGGUGGCCAUGAAUACAAAACAGCUCAGAUGGCUAUGGUGAUGACCCCGGAAUUUCACACCCUUGGCAGCUCCUUGCCGCUGGGUCCACGAACAACACAACCCCCGGAAGUGGUGAACGAGCCUCGCUCCUACAAGGCCUUGGUGAUGGUUUUCCUGGCCGGUGGAGCUGACACUUUCAACAUGCUGGUGCCCAUGAAUUGCCCGCUUUAUGACGAGUACACGCAAGUCCGUGGAUCUGUCGCGAUGCCUCCAUCGGAUUUGAAUUCCAUUUCAACCACAGGGCAAAGCUGUGGCGAGUUUGGCAUCCAUGCCCGUUUGCCGAUUCUCAAGGAGCUUUAUGAUAGCCAAGAAGCCGCCUUCCUCAGCAACAUUGGCUCGCUGGCUGAACCCUUAUCAAAAGACCAGUGGGAAAUUGGCACAGGUCAGCGUUGUACUGGGCUUUUUUCCCACUCGGAUCAACAACAAGCCGCGCAGACUCUGACGUGUCAAUAUUCGGGUUCGGCUCAGAAGGGUGCUGGUGGACGCAUUGCGGAUGCGCUUGCUGCAGGCAAUGAGAAGUAUCGAACAACAUCCUUCUCAGUGGCUGGAAUGUCAACUUGGCCACAAGGAAGAACUACAGCACCGCAGAUUAUCGACCCACAGUCAGGCACUGUCAGCUUCACCCACUAUGAGCGGCUGAAGACAGUGAUUGAGAACAUCACCAGCGUGCGUCAUGGCAACAUCUACGCAGAGGAAUUCUCCACGAAGUUUGCAAGCGCCAUCAAAUUUAACCAGGAGCUGGAAGAGCAACUGAAGACUUCAAAGCUCCAAACGCCGUUUCCAACAAAUGAAAUCGAUUUGUCGAGGCAGCUCAAGCAGGUCGCCCGUUUGAUUUCUGCGCGGGUGCACCGAAAGGCUGAGCGCGAUGUCUUUUUUGUGGACAUUGGUGGCUGGGACACGCAUUCGAGCGUCAGCAGAGAGCUGAACGACCGCUUCCAGGAUUUGAAUUCCGCGUUGACGUCCUUUGUUACCGAACUCAAGGCCCAAAACAUCUUUGACUCCACUACCAUCGUGACGCAUUCCGACUUUGCACGCACUCUCACGCCAAAUAGUGGUGAGGGAACCGACCAUGCAUGGGGAGGAAACUAUGUUAUGAUUGGAGGAGAUUUGAAGGGCGGCCGUAUCUACAAUGAUUUCCCAGCGUCCUUCAAAGAGGGGAGUGCGCAGGAUGCAGGGCGGGGACGCCUGAUACCGAAGUAUCCCUGGGAGAACAUGGCGCCUUUGAGCUAUCAAACUGAGUUUGGUAGCGGAGCCACCACGGUGGCUCCCUACCGGGACUUCGCCGUUCCCUGCUCAGCGGCUGCUACCUGCUGUGCAGGUUGCCACGUGCGCGUGGCGGGCGAUCCUGGAAAAGGAGUUCUACGGUGGCCUUGGCAAUCAACGCUGGUGACCUUGGACUUCCAGCUGCUGCCGCUUUGCACUUUGGUGUCUCGCAAUCAGUGCAUGCGGUGGCGAACUACCUCUUCCACGACCUCCGUGGUGCUGCAAUCACUGCUGGUCCUCCUGCUCUUCUGCGAAGCCUUUGACGGUGGAGCGCGACGUGGCGACUACAUCCUGGACACCAUGAAUGAGGCUCCAACUGGAUCAGGGUCGAUACCACUCCAAGAGUAUCGCCGUGAGAUACCGCCGGGGUGGAAGCCAAAUGACCCGGCGUAUCCACUCCGAUCAUACUUUGACAGGUUGAGGUUGUGGUAUCGCAUAGCAAACAUCCCUGAUGAGACCAUUGGACCCACCAUUGCUGGAAGGCUUUAUGGAAGGGCCCAUAGGGUCGCGAUGAGCCUCAGGAUACCACGUCCAGACGGAGGACAUGACACUGGAGACGCUGCCUUGGUGAGACUUGAAGUUGAUGAAGUUCGAGACCCCAACACGGGGAUGGUGAUUCAAGCUCAUGUGCCAAGCGGCGUACAACACCUGACAGCAGCACUCCGGAUGGCUUUUGGCCAACAGGACCAAGACCUUGCCACACAGUCCCUUGAGAAGUUCUUUGGACUUGCCAGAGGACGCUUGUCGCUGCAGGAGUACAGCCUGGAGUUUGAUGCACGUUUUGAUGAAGCCUCAGAUCGUGCUGGACUGCAGAUGAAUGAGGUGGCCCGCUUCUUCCUGUUCUUCAAGCACAGCGGCCUCUCAUCAAAACAGGUGGACGACAUCAAGCUCCAGGUGGCCGGUGACUUCACGCGCUUUGCAGAAGCCCGAGCACUGGCACUUCGGCUGUCCUCCAACAAGCAGGACAACGAGAACAUGGACAGCUACUAUGCCCAGGACUACCACCAGGACUAUGUCACUGAGGAUAACUAUGGCGAUUGGAUGGAGAACGAGACCUACGACUAUGAUGAUGGCCAUGACUAUGCCUGGUGGACCGACUAUGACGCCUACGAUGAAGGUGAAUGGAUCCUGGACUAUGACGAGACGGCCGAUGCCUACUACCAGCAGUACUGGGAUGAAGAGUACUGGGAUGCCCAGGAGGAAGAGCAGACAGCUGGUAGCACUGGAGACCCUCAGAAGACCUCCGACAAGACCAGCGAGCAUGCUGCCGAGGAGUACUAUGGUGGAAAAGGACAAGGCAAUGAUGGCUGCUUUGUCUGCGGAUCCAAGUGGCAUCGAGCCAAGGACUGUCCGAUGUCAAACAACAACAAGGGUUCUGGCAAGGGAUCCAAUUUUGGCAAAAGUUUUGGAAAAGGAAAAGGGAAGCCCAGUUUUGGAAAAGGCAAGGGCAAGUUUUGGCGAUGGAGACCAUUCAGAAAAGGCAAGGGCAAAGGAAAAGGCCACUUUGGCCGAGGCAAGUUUGGAGGUGGAAAGAGUUUUGGAAAGCGCCAUUGGUUCGCACAGCCCACAUCAGUGCGACCUGGCCUGAACAUCGUGGAUGGCAUUCCAGACAGUUCUACAAGGACUUCAAAUGCCUCUACAAGUGCUCAAGAGUUUGCGAUCCACACACCGCCAAGCGACCUUGAGGGUCCCAAGUUUGUGAGGAUCUCCACAGCCAACACCGACUCUGGAGAAGAACAUCAACAAGUUGCACAGAAUGAGAAGAAGCACCUCAACGCCUUCAGCUUUGCUUUCAACUUCUAUGAGGCGGCGGACUACUUUGCAGUUCGUGGUGAAAAGAGAAGAGGUCUGAUCAUAGACCCAGGUGCAGCUUCUGGUUUGAUUGGCUGUGACACCCUGAAGGACCUCUUGGAGCACUGCAUCAAGCCCUACGGCAAGGAGAUCUCCAUCGACAAGAGCAUCACCUCUCCUGUGAGCGGCAUCAGUGGAGGUUCAGACAGAACCUUGGGUCAGGUGACGAUUCCACUUGUGACUGCUGGAUGCCCGAUCACGUUCACAGGUGAAGUCAUAGGAGGUGAUGGCAGCAUGUGCCCAGCCUUGGUCGGCAAUCCAUCUUUGCGGAAGAUGCACAGCACCAUCUUCACCAACUACUUCCAGAAUGGUGAUGGCCUGCUUGUUUUGGAUUCGAGGUCUGAUGACCAAGGAGCCUUGAAGAUGCUUCGAAUCCUCCUCACGGACUCAGGCCACUACAUUCUGCCGACCGACCAUGACGCCACUGCCAAGGUAUCCAUGGAAACCCAGAAGGAGAUUGCGGUCUUCUGGAACAGAGUAGCUGAUGAAAGUUGCCGGAGAUGGAAGGAUGCCUGUCCAAAGAAGCUUCACAUCUUCCACACGUCAUCUGAUGCGGCAUCGUACGCAGAAGGUGACCGGGGUGAAGCAAAGAUCAACGAUGAUGAUGGAGCACUAUGUCAUGAUGAUCAUCAACUUUCUGGACAACAACAUGGAGUUCAACUACCUCCUGAAGUAUCACAUGGCGCUCUCACUGCAGAUGACGACAUCCUGGACAAGAACGACAAGACUCCUGGCACUUUGCUGAACAAGGAGAAGAACCAGGCUGUGACUGGCAUUUUGCCAUCGGAAGCUCCAGCCUCAAGCAUCAAGUUUCACAACAAGAGCGAAGCCUCUGUCAAUUUUUCAGACACGGAAUUCAUCGCCGACUUGGACUCUGAGCCCAACGGCAAGAUUCUUUCUUUUGACAACACCUUGCGUACAGUUUGCACUGAUGAAAAGCCCUGCAGUUUCACCAUCGACACCAAGGAUGACAACAUCCAGCACUUCUACACGGAGGAGGACUUUCCUUCCUACACGGGCGACACUUUUCCCGAAGGUUUUGAUGAUGCACGUCUUCGGAAGAAGUACAAGGCCAUUCCUGAGGAGUACUACACUCGCACAGGCCUGAAACCUGUGACGCCCAAGAACUUUCCCAAGUGGUUCAUGCAGGCGAAGGGCAAGAAACUUCGAUGGCAUUUCUGGGAAGUCUUCAGCGGCUCUGGACGAUUGAGCUUGACCAUGCUGAUCGCAGGUCUGACAGUUGGCUUUCCCAUUGACAUGCGCUAUGGCUGGGAUGUUGGAAAUGCCUGCCAUCAGAAGUACCUUCGCCAAGCACGAGACGAGUUUUGCCCUGGUGUUAUUCACCUUGCACCAGAAUGUGGCCCAUGGUCAGUAUCCUCUUCUUCAAAGGAUCCAGAUCUACGACAAGCUGAACGCCUUCAACAGAAGCCUGCGUUGGACUGGACCGAGGAGACAUGUCAUGUCCAAUCAAAGCAUGGUCGAGGCUAUGUGGUUGAACAACCUUGGGGCAGUGCACUUUGGCAACCCGAGACACCACUCGACCUCACCAUCAACAGCGACAACAAGAAGAAGCAGAGAGCUGACCAAUGCAUGCACGGUGCCGAAUGUGAAGGCUACCCAGUGCAGAAAGCCACAGGUCUUGGGGCAAACUUCAAAAUGCCGAAAACAGCACUUCGCUGUUCUGGACACAAAGGCACUCCUCAUGCUCACCUACAAGGACAAGGAGCAGAUGGCCUGAACCGCACAGCUAAAGCUGCGGUGUACCCCAAGACGAUGUGUCAUCGACUUCGACAAGACAUUGUGAACUUUUCCCACAAGCGAAAACUGUUGCACAUCAAGGCCUGGCCUCAAGCUCUGAGUUGGUAUGUGGCAGAACACUUCUAUGAGUGCACUCGCUGUCAACUUGGACGUUUCUGCCCAGAUGACAUUCCACACUCCUUGAUCCCAGGCAAGUGCAGACACGGCCGAUAUGCAGCUGGCACAAACCCAAGAUCCAAGAAGAACAACUCUGCACCAGCUGAUCCAGUCAAACAAUGGAAAGACAAUGCCAACAGAGAUGUUUUGGAGGUUGUUGAGAUCAAGAACCUUUCUGGCAUUGACCUCUCCGUGAACAAGUCCCACUAUUUGAAGAAGCUUCUCAUGGAGGUGAUUCAUACAUCACUUGGCCUCAUUUCAGAAGCUGCCAACCGCAGGAUCGACUACGAGCUCUGGGUCGACAAUGCACUCUUCAUGGAACUGUUCAAGGAGAUCUUUUCUGACUUCAUGCUGGUGAAGGGUGUUCGGAUCUCACUCCGACCAUUUCGGAAGUCUGGACCUGAGCCACAGCUUGCGAAGGCAUCUGCAUACCUUCGACUUCACCUCUGUGGCCAUGUCAAGGAAUGGACGAUUCAACAGAUGGAAGACAUCCGAGAAAUGUCCAUUUCCCAGAUCAACGAGAGUUUUGAUGUCGAUGACUGGAUGGUCACAGUCUUUGGAGCUGAACAAGGUGGACAACCAGCACCUUCGACACCAUCGCACCGACCUCGGUCGAAACCACCUCAACCUGAACUACCUGCACGCCAAGAUGACGCAGCACUACUUCCUGAAGUUCGAGAACGUCCUGGACAUCCAGAAGAAGGAGAAGCAGCUGAACCUGGCUAUGAAAUAGAACCUUUCGAAAGCCAUGAUCGAGCACCUUUGGCACCGAUCAGACCCAGCUACAACCUGAAGAAAGUGUUCGACAAGCUGCCGAAACUCCUUGAAGCUGGACAUCGGAACCAAGCUCUACGACUUCUGGUCGGCAUGCAUGAAAGACUCUGGCACACGCCAGUGAUGGACUUCCAGAAUCUUCUGAAGAAGGCCAACAUGCCGCAGGACGUGAUCGACCUGGCUGCUGAAGCCGUGAAGAACUGCGUGGUGUGCCGGAAGUUUGUCAGACUUCCAAAUCGACCUCAACUACGUGCUGGUGGCAGCUCCACUUUUGGAGAGACUCUCCAGAUGGAUCUUUUCCACUGGGAAGGACAUGUCUUCCUGCUGAUCAUUGAUGAAGCUACCCGCUUCAAGGUGUGCACUGAACUCAAGGGCCAAGACUCUGAGACAAUUUUGGCUGCAGUCUUCUCCAGCUGGAUGGCCUACUUUGGUCCGCCCAAGCGGAUUGUUCUGGACCAACAGAUGUCUCUGAUGGGCUGGGACACGGCGCAUGAGUUUGAGCGUCUGUCCAUUGAACGUUGCCCACGUGGCACAACUCAAGGCCACGGAGCAUCUCAGCACACUGGCACUGGCAUUGUGGAACGCCACAUUCAGCUGCUGAAGAUCACGAUGUUCAAACUACAAGCUGAACUUCAACGCCAAGGUCUCAAUCCAGAACCUGAAGAAGUGGCUCGAGAGUCAGCUAUGGCACACAACCAAACCAUCAACUACGGAGGAGUCACACCUUGCAUGAACGUGUUUGGAGUUUUGCCUCGAGGAUUUUACAAUCCUGAAAGCCCUGGAGUGACCAGCGUGAUUGGUGCUCUACAGACAGACCUGACGGUUUUUGAGCGUGCUGUGAGGAUACGCCAAUCAGCACUGGCACAGACAGCUCAAGCGAUCAUUGAAGAUCGCACUGCGCGAGCCAACAGGACUCGACCACAUCAGCUGAAGGUCGACGAGUUGAUCGCUGGAACCAGUGAGGUUGAAUUCUUCCGAGAUCAAGUUUGGCGUGGACCUGCUCUCUUGCUUCGGCUAGACCAAACCGAAGGCAUUGCUGUGAUCCAAUAUCAAGGCAAGCCGUACCUUGUCAGCCUUCGACACAUCAGAGAGUACAAGGGCAUCUUCCACUUUGAGAUCCAGUCCGAGAAUGUGGAACAGGCGCUGUUCUCCCUCAUGAAGUACACCGAGAGCAUCAGCGACCACAGGAUCCUCUACUUUGGCUGGCUGAAACGCCACAAGGAUGGCAAGUGGUACAGACUGCCCAAGGAGACGCCAGAAGUUCGGAAGAUUAUGGAAUGGGCCGAAUUGGUUUCCAAAUCCAUGACGGAGUUGACACUCCACGGCAUCAUGAUUGGCAAGGCACUCCGAAACAUCAAACCUCCACACAACACCACAGGCACCAUGAUCAUGUGGCUUGCUGGAGGACGAAAAUAUUCAGUUCAACAUCAUCCCAACUCCAACAACAUCAAGCUGAAGAAAAUCUCCAACUUGGCUCAGGAGGACACAUGCAUGAUCUACUUCUACUACUACAAGACGGCAUCGAUGGAGCCAAGCUCAUCAGAAACCCCUGAGACCAAGAAGGAGAAAACCUCCUCUACUUCAACCUCUCCAGACCUUGACAAGAUGGAUGUGGAACCACCAGAUCGAAAGCGAGACAGCCCAGAAACCAGGACAGUAGUCAUUGCUCCAGAGAAGAAGCGACAGAAGAUAGCAUUGGUCCGAAGAGAUCUCAACUUCCUGGAGGACUUCUACAUGGACCACACCAAGAACAUGCUCAUCAUUCUGGACUACCCCAACUCUUGGAAGAUUGGCUGCAACUUCAUGACUCAGGAGAUCAAGAACUUCCUGGUGAAGAAACAUGAUCAAGAUCGACGAGCACUACCUGUCCUCUUCAACAUCAACUACAAGACUGAUCACCAUGCAUUGGCAUGUCUGAGGACAUCAGAGAUCUACAAGGUAGACCAGGAGACGAACAACAUCUCCGAGGCCGACCUGACUCCAGACAUUUGGCCUGAAGUUGACAAGGCCGAUCUGGCCGAGAUCAAACAGUUUGUGGAGGAGUCAGCUUUCAAGAAGAUCCACAAGUCGCAGAUCACUUCAGAGAUGGUUGUGGUUGACGCGAUCUGGGUGCGGAAGAAGAAACGCUAUCCCGAUGGUAGCAUCCGCAUCAAAUCAAGAUUGUGUGCACGAGGAUUUCUUGAUGCACAAAAGUCAAUGUUGACCACAAGAUCCACGACGGCUACCCGUCUCAGCCAGCGGUUGCUGGUCAGCUAUGCUGCUCAAGAUGAAGAACGAGACGUGGAGUCUUUGGAUGUUGGUGGGGCCUUCCUAAAAGGAUUCAGCUUCCAGGAGAUCCAGAAGGUGCUUCGAGAACAAGGACAUCAAGCUCCUUCGAGGACAGUCAUUUUGCUGCCUCCACUGAAUGUGUACAAGCAUCUUGCGUCUUUGUCAGACGACUUCAAGAUCCCUGAGGCGAGCAUCUUUGACUACGGUCUCCUAUGUGUGAAGCCUGUGUAUGGCCUCAACGAUGCACCUUUGGCUUGGCAACUAUGUCUCCACGACUUCAUCAAGCAUCACGAUGGACAUCCCUCCAAGAUGGAUGAGAACACUUUCAUGUGGAAGAAAGAUGGAGCUCUGGUAGCUUUGGCCACCACUCACGUGGAUGACAUCGCAUUGACUGCGAGCAAGAACUGGCUGAACACUAUGCAUGGCCACUUUGUGAAGCGCUUCAAUAAGAUUACACGCCAGCAACUGCCCUUCAACCAUUGCGGCUGUUUCUAUGAGCGACUUCCUGAUGGCUAUCGCAUCAGUCAGGCUGACUUUGCCAAGAAGCUGGAAAAGGUGAAGAUUCCUGAGAAAGAAGACUCCGAGAAGCUGACGCCUGCAGAAACAUCAAGCUUGAGAUCUAUCUUGGGCGCUUUGCUUUGGGUGACUGCCACGAGACUUGAUGUGGUGGCAGAUGUUUCAAUCUUACAAAGCAGAGUGACAGUGGCUGAAAUCCGAGACCUGAAGUAUGCCAACCAGGUGGUCGACAAGGUGAAAGAGUUCCAAGAUGUUGGACUACACUACCGCUUCCUGAAGACCAAGAACCUGAGAUUGGUGUGCAUCCAUGAUGCUUCUUCAGCGAGUCAAGGACGCCACUAUGCUCAAGAAGGACUUCUGAUCUGCUUGACAGAAGACAAGUUCUACAACGAGAACCUCAACUAUGAGACCAUCUUCAAUGACGGUGACGGCCCUGACGGCGUUGAUCGCCAUGGAGGAGUGAUGCAUGUGCUUCACGCCAGUGGCACAAAAGCCAAGAGGGUGUCCUACUCGACAUCUCAUGCAGAGACCCUCAGCAUGAUCAAUGGCGUGGAGUCGAGCACCUUGAUUUUGGUGCGACUUUCUGAACUACUACAUCCUGAACCUGCACCUUCGCUCCUACAGCUCACCAAGAUUCAGGAAGAGGGCAACAAGCUGAUCCCUGUGGAUUACUACGGCGACUGCCGUGAUGUCUUCGAAUUGGUGACUGGAGAAAGGACGCUUCCUCAAGACAAAGGACAGCGACUCUAUGUGCUCUCCAUCAAGGAAGCGAGGCUGAUGGGUAAGGUCAGAAUGCUGACGCUGAUCCCAACACAGUGUAUGACAGCAGACAGCCUCACGAAGUCAAUGAUCCAUGCAAGCAUGCUCCUGCUCCUCACGACCGGCAUCAUCAAGUUCUUCAACGUGGACAAGCACCACGUCACUUCGAGGAUCAUGCCCUCGGUCAAGGACUACAACGAGCACGACCUGCUGAAGAACGACAAGCAGAUGCUGAAGGAGAUCAAGGAGAAGCCGGAACGAGCUUCAGCAAGCUAUGCGACAGUGCUUUGUGGCUUCAUGCUCCAGGACAAGAUGAACGCUCUAUGUCUGCUGGCUAUGACGACAUCGUUGCCUACGGCUACAGCUCUGGACGCGCGCUACAUCGACGACAUCGAGAAGGAGAACACCGCUCCGAGCAUGCUCACCUUCUUCUUCCUGCUCUUCUUUGCGGUGGUCUUGGCGCUCUACCUGGAGAAGCUCUUCCGCUACAUGCUGGACUAUGCCCUGACGCUCCUACGCCGACGUUUUCGACGGCACUGGAAAGUGAAGGAAGAGAUCGAUGAGACAGCUCCGAUGGAUGUGGACUCAUGGGAGCCAACGAAAACAGAAGAGGACUAUGAAGCAGAAAUCAGAUCCCUCAAGAAGAAAUUGCGAAAGCUGAACGAGGACAAGGACGAGCUCAUGGUGACCAUCAAGAUCAAGGAGGACUGCAUCAACAACCUGCAGAACGAGCUCAAGGAAAAGGACAUGGAGAACACGUCCGGGGAAGACUUUCGUCAACGGCAAGAACGCCAAAUCGACAAGCUUGAUGUGGAGAAAACAGAUGCUGAACGAGCUCGAGACCGUGCCCUGGACGAGAUGGACAGAGUCACUUUCGAGCUGGCGAAUGCUCAGAAAGAGCUUGUGAAAAAGGAGAAUGAACUGGAAAAGGUGCGUGGUCGUCUCGACCGAAUGGAGGAAAAGCACAGCAAGCUGGUGGACGAUCACGACGAAUAUCGUGAGACCAUAGCAGCUUCAGCACGGCACAUCACUUACCUGCGAGAGCGAUUGCAGCGCUAUGAGACCGUGCAUGCUGCUCCACCAGGAGUACGACAGAUCGUGCCGAACAGCUCGACACCGACAGCUGCUCCAGCGCCUCCGCCGAGAGACACAGCUGCUGAGGAAGAAAAGAGAAAGAUGCAGCAAGAGCUGCAACAGCUGCGAGAGGAAACGCAGAAGCUGAAAGAGGAGAACCAAAAGCUGCGCACGGACAAGACCUACAACACCAGCGAGAUUGCCAGGAUGAACCGGCAGUUGAUAGAAGCCCGUGCACCUGCCACAGUGUAUUUUACCAGAGGUGGAAGCUGCUAUCACAACGACAGCUGCAACCAUCUCAAACAUGGCCGCGAGGACAGACCGCGGUCAGAACUUCGGAAGUGCAAGGACUGCUUCCCCUGA